UUGAUUUUUUUUGAUUUUUUUUUAGAAAACUUCUAAUUGAAAAGCCAAAACUUCCACGAACACUUCUUUAUAUACUAUUUUUUUCUUUCAAACCAUGACUCCGAGAUCAGGGCGAGACCGCAAUCAAGAUUUAAAUACCACAAGGGGGGGGGGAUAAUUCAAAUUACUGCUGUAUUAACAUGCAAGAAUCCUUAAUUAUGAUGAACCGGCGAUACCUGUCCUGGCCACAACAGAGGUUUAAAUAUAUAGGGUUCCCUCCAAAAUAUUCUAAAGAAUCGCAAGGUAUAGUUUGUCAAAUCAAUAUCAACACGAAAGCAUCCUCAUUUAGACUUGUGGUUUCAAGUUUGGUCACACCCUGACCCCUGAAUAUAGAGUGUGGGCCUACAUUAUGAGUUUGAAGUUUUAAACGGCAUUGUAAUGUUGUUUGGAAUUAUGAGUAGUUACAUGUAUGAACACGAGUGAGAGUUGUUAACGAGUGGGCUUCUUGAUUUCAUUCAAAAUGUAAAAUUCCCUUUAUUAAUGACGAUCCUUAAAAUUAUACGGAAAUCUUUUUACGUUCAUCGUGAAAACGAGAGGAACAGAUAAAUGUAAACCAUAGUGAGUGUGAACACCGGCCCCCAUUCCUAUAGGGAUAGCAGCAGUGGCCUUGAACCAGUGCCUCUGAAAAUAUAUAAUACAUACAUUGUACUUAUUUUGUCAAAGAAUCUAAUUUUUUUUAAUAUAAAUUGCAAAAGACUCUCAUGAAAUGAUUUAAGCAGUAGUAGGAAUAAGUGCCUGAUAUCUAGUGUGUACCAUCUAACGAAGCCCAGUUUAAAAACAUUUCUUCCAUAUCGAAUAUCAGAUGAUAUUUGACGAGAUGGAGGACCGGCAUGUAAGAAUACGUCAGGCCCAAUGGAAUUUAAAAAGGCCAGACACAUUGGUGGGGAUGCUUCGUGUGCCUGCGAGGUAUAUUUAUUAACGCAUUACGGCACAGCUUCUUUAGAUACUAUAAACAUUCUGUAGAUUUUCUCAGCGUAACGUGAACCAACCUUCCCCAUUCUUUGCGGUAUUUAGUAUAUGACUUGCUGUGUCAAGAACCCAACAAAGUGACAAUGAUGACGAACUGUUGUGUGAUGAUAAACGUCAGCUCUCAUUUUGCAUGCGUUAGCUGGAGUUCCAAGUAGCUUUGUUAGGGACCUGUUCUCUUCAGUGUAUUAUUCAGCAACAAAAAGGCGGAAAUCGCAGGUGUUGGCUUGUUAUUGACACAAUGUGCACCAACAUACUGUUAUACUGGCAUCAGUCUCCGUGUAUCAUCACUCUCUAUAAAGCUCACCGGUACUCUUCACGAUAACUGCUACCGAACAGUGUUUCGAAUUUAACGAUUCGUUGGCGUUACACGUAUAUUAGAUUCUUUUCGACGCAUGGAAUGAAGUUCUGAUAUAGACAAAAAAUUUGGACAAAUAUAGUAUCGUUAAAAGUGCACAGUCCUGGUGAUUUUGUCCCAUAUUGACCAGUUUUUUAAGUAAUAUGUAAAUUAUUUGCGAGGACUCGGUACAUAGAAAUCUGAACAAAGUGCCUUGAACGUCCCCGGGAGUCCCAUUGAUUUCCGGAGUUUCCGUCGAUACGCGUGCUAUAUUCUCCGACUUGAAGUUAAUUACGGUCUAUUUGAUUGUUGGAAUUAAUCUACUGCAGAUUUUGUGUAUCAAGAAAAGUGAUAAUUGUCCUAUACCCUAAAUUGAAUUGAAAAAGAGAUUGGUUCUAGAUUUGUCAUGUGAUGCCACACCAAGGGCAGUGCAGCUAGGACAAUUUGAAAACAACCAACAAAACUCUUCGAAAAGCAAAAAGCUGCUGCGACUUAGUCCGAAGUCGAAAAAAAAAUCAGCUCGGACGAAAAACGAAAUGGAAUCCAAAAAUGGUGAUCCCCACAAGAAAAUGGCGAACGGUUUUACGUGCCAAGAGAACCACGAUAUGAAACAGGCGUUUGACCUUUUCGACAAAAAUCACGAUGGGAAAAUUUCCAGUGAUGAGUUAGGAAGAGUUCUACGAACCCUCGGCCACAACUAUUCUCAUGAGGAGAUAGAAGACAUGAUAAAAAAUGCAGACACAAAUGAGAAUGGGUUUGUUGAAUUCGACGAAUUUGUGGUAAUGAUGAGGCGAUGGACGCACAACAUUGAAGUAGAAGGUGCAGAUGGGGUCUCCACGUCAUCAUCAUCAUCAAAAUCAGACAAGCAGCUCGAGGCAUUCCGAGUGUUUGAUAUGGAUGGAAACGGGUAUAUCGAUAAACAUGAAUUGAGGUAUACCAUGAGGCGACUUGGGGAGAAUCUUUCCGACGAGGAUAUCAAGGAAAUGUUCAAAGAGGCGGAUCUUAACGGAGAUGGACUUAUAGAUUACAGCGGUACAAUAUUUAUUAAGAACACUUUCAUAGACCAAUCAAAGUAUGAAGAAUUAAUCAUUUCUUUUCAUCUUCAUGAAUAAUACUCAAAUUAUUACUUAAAAGCAACAUGUUGUCUGAUGCAAAUAGAUUGUUUACGUCCCGUCGAGAAUUGUUCACUCAUAUUGAGACGUCACCAGCUGUAGGUGAAGUAUCACAAAUUUGCCUGUCGCGACACGAGACCUCCAUUUUAAUUAAAGAGCAUAUACAAAAAGACCCGUCAUUUUCACUUCUAAAUGCCGAGUGUUUGCAAAAGGACCAACCACUAGCUAUUUUAACGUCGUAGGUUAACUCGGUCCUGGCACGAGCAGAGCUCGAACUCACGACCUCCCGGUUACGAAGCGAACUCUUUACCACUGAGCUACCGUGACCGGUGAUACAACUUGAUUGAUUGAUUAAAUAUUGUUUAACGUCCCUCUUAAGAAUAUUUCACCCAUAUGGAGACGUCACCAUUACCGGUGAAGGGCUGCAAAAUUUAGGUCUAUGCUCGGCGCUUACGGCCUUUGAGCAGGGAGGAAUCUUUAUCGUGCCACACCUGUUGUGAAACGGGGCUUCGUUGUUGUUAUUUUGGGGGGGGGGUGUCUCAUCCGAAGGACCGCCCCAUUUAGUAGCCUCUUACGACAAGCAAGGGGUACCGAGGACCUAUUCUAACCGGGGUCCCCACGGUUGAUACAACUUGAAGUCAAGCCACAGAUUAAUAAUGUAGAAUUUCCCAUUGUAAUUUGUAAAGAGAUUGAUCACUGUUCGUAAUCUUCACCUUUCAUUGACAAAACAAUAACAAAUGAUUGUUACAGGUAAAUAUAAAGUCUUUUGGCUCUGUGAUUUAUAUUGGGUACAUGUAUGUCCAAGUUGUUUAAAUGGGGUCGCUUGACAAGUGUUGCAUAAAUGUAUAUGUUGUUAGGAUGUUUGGGGUGAUUUGUAUAAUCGGCGACACAAUUAUGCAGAAAUACCCCCGCAAUACAAAGAAUUCAGACCGUUAUUCCAUUUGUAUAGGUUUUAGUUCAAUUUGAAAGGUCGUUGCUUUUAUAUUGAUACAUUGAAACAGCAAAGGUUCAUUACUGAAAUAACGUUGGAAAAUAUAAAUUUUUGAAAUACUAUCUCUUUGAAUGAAGAUAUAAAAAUUUUAAAUUAUACAUUAAUCUGAGAUAUCUCUGACUCUUACCUUGCUUUUUCACAAUGUAAAGGCGAUGGUAAGAGUCAGAGGAAUCUCGGAUUACGUAAAAAUGUAGUGAUCAUCUACAUGUAUAUACAAUCAAGUAAUAUUGUAUAUAAUGUAAUUGUAUUUAAAGUUUAUAUAUAGCUAAAGCAUGUAACUGAAUAAUUGGUAUAUAAGUCAUUUUUAGGUCGUACAGGUUGUCUACUUUCUCUUUGUGCAAUUGUCUCCUUUUUGGCGAAAUUGCAUUCUUCGGCGCAUAUAUUCUGCGCCGAUAUACACGGGCAUGUAUAUUGUAUGCAUCAAAGAGAGCCGUACCUCUCCUCUAGGCUUACUUGUAUACCUUACUAUUUUAAACAAACCAUUAUUUUUUCCGCAUUUUCAGAAUUUUCCCGAUUAUUGCACAACUUUUUACCAGAAUAACCACACAACUGUGAUGGAUCCUGUUGUUGUAUACGACUUUACCAAUGACGUCAUCAGCUUCCAUUAUCAGCUACAUGUACUUUUUACAUAUAACCGGAACAGAUCAACAUUCUGGAUUCCAGCCACGAUACUUUAACUCGUGAUUUUGAUAACUCGUACCUCAUUGAAAGCACGUGAGUGACUGAUGGGUAUUUUUUACUCAGCGAUGGAGUUGAUAGUACGAUACAUUCCAUUGGUCAAGGAAGGCGAUCACGUGUUGUGAUGCAAUAUUGUCAUUUCCAAUCAGAACUUUUGUCUCAUUUACAUGCUCAUAUUUUUGUGAGCAUCUUGUUACAUUUACAAUCACCCCUUCUCUUUUUGAAAUUAGAAAAAAAUAAAUGAUUUUCAUAUGGAGAUUGUCCAUAAUCGAGUUAAAGUUCGGUUUGUAAUUAUCUUAAGUCGAAUUUGAGAAAAGAAAAACAUCGAUUAUUUCAAUACUGAAGUACAUGUACAUGCAACGUUUUCUCCAUGUAUUUUGACCUUCAUUGAUAAUGCCCUCGAUGAGCAUGGUCCUAUCAACAAGGACAGAGAAACUUAAAAAGAAAGAGUUGUUGUCGAUGCAGAUUUUGAAAGAAAGUGUUCAAUUUAUAGUUGUGAAUUUAUUGUUGUUGAUUGCUAAAAUAUAUAAGAAGAGAUUUUGUAUCAUGUUAUUGUCGUUGACGCUGAUUUAUAACUUAUGACCAUUUCAUCUCAAGCGAUGAGUGUUUGUCUUUGAACUUGUUAACUGGAUUGUUCGUUUUUUUAUUUUUAUAUGUAUUUGAAUUUUUCUUUUGUGUGUGACCAGCAGGAUACUAUCGAGUUAUCUGUAUUUUUCUCUAACAUUACGAAUGAUUACGAUGGUAUCAGAAAACCCUGUGUGAAUUUAAUGAUAAUUUAUACAAAAAGGAGAAAGAUUAUACAAUGUAUAUAUACUGAAAUAUUUAUGUGCAAUUACGAUAUCGCAUAAUUCAACUCAUUUCGAUUUCUUAGAAGGUUCAAGGUUGUUGUUUUUUUUUUGUUUUUUUUUUUAAGACUUUCUUGAUUGCUUAAUAAACAAAUCUUCAUUUUAUAACAAUUAUGAAGAACUUCUACAUCAUAUUCAAUAAACCUGGGUGGAUUAUUGAGUUUAGAAAUCCUGAAGUGAGAGGUUGUUUUUUUAUUAAGAAAUUGUGUUUGUGAUGAUCUCCCAUAGCAACCAGAAUGUCGUUGAUAUUAACCAAUACAUAGUUUGUAAAUAUUGUUUAUAUUGCAUUAAAUAAACCAAUAAACCAUC